AUGUCUGGGAUUGUAGCCCCUUCCUUGCUAAAUUAUUUCACAGACACACUUUCCGAAGACCAUAUGGGGACCAUAUACAUAGGCCCCAAGCCCACAGAAGAAUACUCGCAACAAAGCAUCCAGCUUCAAUGGAUUGUUCUAAACCUUAUCUCCUUCCGCGUUCUCGAUAACCACUUAGUCUUUCGCCUCGAUACCCGCCCCCCUGGCCUCUACUAUCGCGAAUGGUGGUGGAAGAUCGGAAGCGAUAUCACCUACCAACUCUUCCACGGUGGUGGGGAUAAUACCUACAUGGACUCAAUGUUCUUAAGACGCCACAUUGACUUCGUUGCAAGGUUGUGCCCAAAUGGGUUUCCGGAGAGCGAGGCGGCACGAAGGCUUGAUAUGCUGGCACAUACGAUUGGAGCCAAAAUGAAGGCGGGCCUGGUAAUGGAAGAGGGUAGAAUGAGGAUAGUCUUCAGACGGUGGCUUAACGGCUAUGGCCUAGGGUAUAUCACAUACAAGAAGGAACCAGAAACACCACCUGAGAAACCGGCCUCAUCGGUGGCAGUGAUGAGAUUACCGGUUAAAAUGCGUUGUUUGAAGAGGGGAUUCUUGGACUUGGAGUGGUAUAGGCCGCCCACUGGGGCAAGAUCUCGCAGCGUGGAGUCAUUUCCGCUGACGAAAUAUGAUAUGAAAAGGUUGGAGGAGGGUUUGAUAUAUCAGGAAUUGGCAUCCGAUGCUGCUCUGGGAAGAUUACCAGGUAUGGGUAUUGUUAGGUCUGAAGAAUAA